GUUAAUGGAAGAAGGCUGCACCAAAAUGGCGAGAGAAUCAUUUUUCCACCUUCAAAGUUGUAAUUGUAAUAUAUUUUAAAUACAUUAAGAGCGUUAAUUUUGGUAGAUGCUAGGUACUUAACAUACAAAAGUCGUUAAAGCUGAGUUGACAAUUAUUGUUCAGUGUUUGCUGACAUUGUUUACGCUAACUUGCUAAUGUGUUAGCUAAGAGACAUGACGCUAGUUAGUAACUUUGUUUUGAAUUUGUGUUCAAGCGCUCGUAAACAGUGCUGCGGAUCAGUGAAGCUUGAAAUGCGAGAUCGAAUAUCAGAUGAACCUGUUUUCGUGGCUUGUUAAAUUUCAAACGUCUGACCAUUAUGACUGUGCACAACUUAGUUUUCGUCAUCGAUGUGGAUUAUGGUGAUCAGAAUUCAGACAGUCAUUUGGAUGUGAAAAGUCACUUUGUAAAACGAGGAAUCCUCAGAAUUCUGCUGCACUUCGCCUACCAGUAUGGAUUUGAGAAAGUGCGCUGGGGUUAUAAAUUUUUUCGGUCUAAAAGGACUGGCCAGUGUGCUGGCAUUAAGUCAAGGGGAUCUGACUUCAAGGAGCUGCAGCAUAAAACAUUUGAGGACUUUGAGUUGGAGUUUGAAUCCAAGUUUGAUGGUAAGGACGAGCCAUAUCCUUCUCAGCAGAUCCAGAAGUCCAGUCAGUCUGUUCAAAAUGCAAUCAAAGAAACCCUUUUGGACUUCCAGUGGGACAGACCAGACAUGACCUCUCCCACCAAACUGUCACUGAGGCCUCGGAAGAGCAAUCGAGCUGGAAAUGUUCCUAUUUCACAGGAGGACGAGCCUUUGGGUAGCUGUCGAAACAUGCUGUUUAUUGUCUCUGACUGUCCACGGUCCAGGACACAGCUAAUGGACUACCUUUCUUUGAGAAACCAGGACAUGCCAGUAGAUGUUUCAGAACACAUUGUGUCCAGAGGACUUAAGGAAUUGUUGGUCCAACAACAGGUUGUGUUGCACUGGAUUGACAGUUGUUCACAUGUCGAGGUUAUGAGGUGUGCCAAUCACUUUGGUUUUGAAAAGAUGUCUGAAGUCCUAGUUCAGUCAUGUGGCAGAGUUAUCCCUGUGGUUGCACUUCUGAAACUUGCCUGUCCUGUGAAACCUCAGCCACACUCUGGGACUGAGACUUUUGCCUUCACAUCCAGCCUCAGAUACCUCUUGUCUUCGGAACACUUCUACCGCCUGGUUUUUCCUGUUACGAAAGCAGUUUUGGAGUGGAGGCAAGGUAAUGUCAUACAGUGUUGUGGGGUCACAGUAGAGCCGGUGUGUCGCAGGCAAAGGUUUCUCCCAGACUCAGUGAAGGUGUCUCUGAAAGGAGUUUUGCAGGACUGGGACCUGUCUUCUCUGACUGAGGCAUCCACAGAGUCAUGGGUGAUUCAGUGUUCCAACAGCAGUGACCAGGGAGCACCAGCGUUUCGUCGUCUGCUGAUGGAACUUUCUGCUCAGACUCUGCACAUGUUCGCUGAGGUGAAAGAAGACAACCUGGUUUGUGCUGCUGUCCUCACACCACUUUCACAUGUCACAGCCAUGCUCACCAUCCUUCACCCUGGGAUGAGACAACAUGACCUGUGGACUGCUGAAAUCAUUGGCCAAUCCACAGAUGAAACCUCCACAGAUCUGCCAGAAGUAGUGAGCAGUGUUCUCGAAGUGGUUUAUGGCAUCAUGAAGGAGGAGUGUCAUGAAGCCAAUGGUAAAGGUAAUUGUCCCACAAAUCAUCAGGUUCCUGAGUGGUUCAGCGGAGCUCAACCCUUGUCCCUGCAAAGAGACAUGUUGGACAACUGGUUCCUUCACUCGGACCACUCAGGAGUGAGCGCCCAUUUAAUGGCGUCGAUGAGGUUGCUACAGGCAGUACCAGAGCAGAGGGAAGAGGAGGAGUUAUCUGUGCUACAACACAUGCUGAUCAGUGAUCUGUCUGAUUUAUACAAGAAAUCCCAGGGCGGAGACAACAAGAGGAGCAAAAAACGUGGCAGCCAGCGCACACCAGUAAAACAGAAGAUGAAGACAAUGAGUCGCUCUCUGCAGAUGUUGAAUGUGGCACGGCUAAAUGUGAAAGCACAGAAGAACCAGAAUGAGUGUGAACAGCUGGUGGCUGAAAGCAAGGGACCAGACAAGCAGUGCAGGAGAAGGUCGAGUGAAAGGAUCAAAGCUGGAGGACCAAAUACCGCAAAUUUUAGUAGCAAGGCAGAACUGCUGUCCUUCUUGAACACCAGUUACGACAGAAUUUUGGCAGAAAGAGACUCUGUCCUCACAGAUGUUCAACAGCUUCUAAGUGCUGUGAAAGUCUUCAUGGCAGACUCUGCCUCACAGGCCUCCCUCUUUGUCCAACAGCACCUUCUGAAGACAAGCAGAUCACUUCGGCAGCUCUAUGGCUCAGCUGCUGAUGCAGAGAGUAAAGUCAGAGAGUGUCAGCUGCAGUCGCUGUUGAGAUUGGAGUUAUGCAGACAUUUUUCCUCUGAACAGUCAGGCUCACUGGAUGGUGAACAGAUGGCAGAAGAGGUUGCAGAAAUGCUCCGGAUUAUUUCCCUCACCAAAGACCCAGUUUGCCUAACAAGGUUCCUUCAAGAGGAAAUCCUCCCAGGGUUUCUCACAGCCAUUCCUAAGGUGCUUGCAGAUGUCUACCACAGUCUGGGCACCCAGCUUCCUGAGGCACUGCUGGCUCUUCUGCCUGCUGAUUUCUUCAGUGAUGAGUCCAUUGCAAAGGACAGUGUUUCUCCUUCAGUGUCCACACCGCCCCUGUCCACCCACAGUCUGACACUGGAUAGUGGGCACUGCCUGCAGCACCUCAGAAAUCGCUCAGCCAAUAAGAAAAGGAGUGAGGUGUUGACUCGUCAUCGUAGUAUGAUUGAGUCAUCGCAGAGUCUUCGCCAAAUAGAGAUGCCUAAAAAGACCACAAGAGCCUCCAAGACAAAGGUCGCUGUUGCAGUGGAAAGACCAUCUGCAGAGCCACAAUCUCAGAAACAAACACAAGAGGUGACCAAGGUGAGAAGAAAUCUGUUCAAUCAAGAAAUAGUUUCUCCUUCAAAGAAAGCCAAGCUGCCAAGGAGCCAGUCUGUGUCUGCUGUGGAGGGAGUGAAACGCAAACGAUCUCAGGGGAACGCAGAGGGACACAAACUCCUUACAAAGAAAGUGAGUGAUACUCCUCUCCACAAACAAGUGUCCAAUCGUUUCCUACACCUUCAGAAAAUGGGAAGGAGAUCGAUGCCAACUGAGGAGUGUGUUGUAGAAGAAUCACCAGAGAAACCUGCAAAUGACCUCAGAAGGAGCCCAAGGAUAAAGAAGUUUGCUAGAAGGCACUCAAUCACUUUCUACUCAGGUUCCCAACCUCGCUCACGCAACCUGGACAGGGCACUCUCUGCAUCCCAGCUUCAUUUGAGCGACUCCAGAAACAGCUGCAUUGACCUGCCAACAGUUCGCUCUCCCAUGCGUCUUCUUUUUGGGGCUGCUCAUUCACCUGGUCAUCAAUCUACCUCUGUAGAGUCUCAUGAGCCCGGAGCCAGCAAGACGCGCUUGUCCACAGACAGUGUCUUUGAGAGUCCACGUAAAACUCCAGAGUCACCUGGCGGACACUGGAAGAUCAGCCAUGGGAGCAGGACACCUCGGACCUCCAGGACACAAAGAACCCCCAACACCCCCCUUUCAACAAAGAUGAGUGUGUCCUCUGUACCUGAGAAUACUGUAUCAGAAAGUUGUCAGGACACUUCUGGAACACCCAGUAGUAGUCCUUUUAGACCUCCAGCCAUAAAGAGUCCUGUAGCAGAGACUCCUGUGAAGGAAAGGCCAUUCAUCAGCCCACUCAAGAGUAUUCUCAGGACUCCAGUCAAGGCCUUAGUUGAAAGCAGUUCUGGAUUAUGUUUGCACAAAGGUCCAACCUCCGUGACUCCAAAGAAGAGUGUCUCAUGGUCUCCAUCACCACAGAAGCAUGCAGUAGACAAUCCUUUACCUUUCAAGGUGCCAGAAUCACCUCGGAUUGUACCACAAAGUUCUCCAAGAUUUACGAGAACACCCAACAGUACUUUCAGAAAUUCAAACAGCAGAACAGACAUCUUCAAGACCCCGGAUAAGAAAUCUACAGAAGCAAGGCUGGAAAAUGCAGAUAUGUUUUCAGAAGAAAAACAUCAAAUGCUCUCUGAAAGGAUUCAUAACAAAAAGAAACCACUUGAAAAUGAAGAAAAAAGUGACAUGAGUCACCUGGGUACUCCUUCACAAGUCAUACCACCAAUAGACCACCACCUAUCAUCAAAACCAAAUACUGAAUGUCAAGUCAAAAGCCUUAGUCCUACUUACCAAAUGGUUACUAGAUCUGGGCGAACUCCAAGCAAAAGUUCAAACAUUGUGUCCCCAUGUGCAUCUUUAUUUACACCAGACUGUGGCACUGCAGUUUCAGAAACUUCAGAUAUUUUGCAGCAAACUUCAACUACAUCUGUGGAUGAAAUAAAGUCUGGCAAAGCAGCUGUAAGUAGGACCAGAUGUAACUUAAGGUCUCGGACUAGUGUGAAUGUUACCUCCGGGAUAAAAACUAAAUCUCGUUUUGGGGACACCUCUGACCAUGCAGAAAAGCACUUGCAUUCAGAUGCUGAAGAAGGGAGCCAAACUGAGUCUUCCCAAACCUCUGGAACUGACUCCAGUUUACAUAGAGAAUCACCACAGUUUGAUUCCUCCCAUGUUAGUACUCCCACCACAGAGGACGGCAGUAUUAAUAUUGUUGAUGCAGCAAUUAUAAAGACUGAAUUUUCUAGUGAUCUCAAGAUGAGCAUUAGUUUCUCCAGGAAACCUUCACAGUCAACCGACAAGUUUCUGCACCAUGGAACUUCUCCAAAGUCACUUGUGCCACGGACAAACUAUGGCUUCAGGCAGACUCCUGACCGGCAGCAGAGGGAGGCUGCUGCUCGUUUGGGAUAUUCAAAUGAUUCCCCUCGAUUUUCAACCCCUAGGGGCUCUGCAAGAUCUGCUCAACAAAAGGGUACUGUAAUCCCAAACCCGGUGACAUACGAAGUAGAAAUGGAGAUGCAAUCAUCAGGACUUCCAAAACUCAAAAUCAAACGUACAGCCUCCUUGAAUCCAGGCAGUGUGGCUCCUUAUGCUGGUUCUUGCUCAGCAGCUCAGAGCCCUGUAGCUAAUAUGAAACUGUCUCAGCUAGAGAGCCCUGUGGCUUUAUUGUCUAAACACAGAGAUCCUGGAUGUGUUUCACCAUCAAUCUGUACUCAUGUCACACCAGCCAAAAAUACGCCUGCAAAAACUGGAAGCCUGCAAACCUAUAUCUGCCAGUCCUACACCUCUACACAACAUAAUGCAGGAACUGUGUCUCCAGUGGUGGUUGCGGAAUUCGUUCCACUCACACCUUCACCGCAAAGUGUCGGGAAGGUGACCCCAGACAACCUCAAUAACUGGCCUCGAAGGAAGAAAGCCCAGGUGGGAGUGGUUGGAGCUAAAGACCGCAUUCUGAGGGGAGAGCCACAGCUGGAGGAGUUGCUGGAGGAAGCUGAGCUUGGAGUCUGUAGAUUACAGGACAAUGAUGAUACCGAUGAGCCCCCAAGUAACAAAUCUGCAGCUUCAACCUCGAAACAGCCUCUUUGUGUUGGAGCUGAUGCUUCCCCUCUCUCACCACUGAAUGACUUGAAGUGGAUGGAGAAACUGGCUCAGCAGGAGGACUGUCGGGAUCUUCAAACAGCUGAAAGCAACAUGAUCUGGGCCACAGGACCUGAAGCCAAGUCAACGGUGACUCCACCAAGCACAAAGGUGAGGAAGCCAGUCACAGCAAGUGGAAUUUUGGCACUCACUUGCUCUCCAUUGUUGUUCAAAGGCAAAACAGGCUCCACUAUUAAGAAAAGCACUCAAUUUAAAGAUGAGACUGUGUAUGAGAGGAGGCUGGAGUUUGAGCCGUCGCCUGUCAGUCAGCCGGUCAGACGUUCACACACAGGAAAAGCCAACAGCAGGAAGAGGCUGCUGCACUGAGCCGCACCGUCACACCGCCGCCAUGCUGCUGCUGGUUCUGCUUGGAUUUUUGUCAAGAAAAUGAGAAGUCUGGAAGACCUGACAGAUGUCUUUUAAACACUUGUAGACUGUGUCCUCCGCUGACUGUGUUCUGUUUUAAGUGCUUCUAAAUGGAGUUUCCACCCAUGAAGAGUUCGGAGUUCUGUUCUGCACACAUUUAAAAUUUA